AUGCUCGCAAACCCGUUGUUUUUGAAGCUAUCUCUUGCUCUGUCUGUGCAGGCAACGGCCCGGCCUCGUUGCAAAUCGACGCCCUCAGACGCUGCAUGGCCCUCGUUAGAUGAGUGGUCUAGCCUCAACAAGACUAUAAAUGGAACGCUCAUUCAAACUGUGCCGGUGGCAUCGUCAUGCUGGCCCGGUAACCCAUUUCAUUCUUCACUAAGCUGCGAGGUCGUCAAGGCCAACUGGACCUCGGGUCAGUUCCAUGCUGGACUGCCCGAAUCCAUCGACUAUCCACUCUACUCCAACAACUCAUGCCUGCCGCCGGGAGCGGGCGGUUACAACGAGACUGCCGGUUGCCAUUUGGGUGGCUUGCCAGAGUUCAUCGUCAACGCUACUAGUGCGUGGCAGGUAGCAACAGCAAUGAAAUGGGCAGCCAAGCAUAAUAUUCGAAGUGUUGUCAAGGGCACAGGCCAUGACCUCAACGGCCGUCGGGAGCCUCAAGACGUAUUCAUUGUUGGCAGUGGCGAGACUUGGGGCGAUGUGCUUGAUGAAGCGUUGGCAGUUGGGCGUGUUGUCACCACUGGCCAAGACCCGAGUGUCGGCCUUGGUGGCUACAUCCAAGGAGGGGGUCACGGUCCUCUUUCCAGUACGUAUGGUCUGGCCUCACACCAAGUCCUGCAGGUUACAAUUGUUACCACGCAAGGUCAGAUUCUUGUGGCCAAUGACGCCAAGAAUGAGGAUAUUUUCUGGGCUGUGAGAGGGGGAGGCGGUGGCCAGUUUGGAGUCGUCACAGAGUAUGUCAUUAAAAGCCAUCCGGCGCCAGCUCAGGUGGCCAGUGGGGUUUUCAAGAUUACACCAACAGGCCAAGACGAGACGCAGUCUUGCUGGAAAGCCGGUGCCAUCUUGAUGAGGCAUUGGCCAGACCUCAUUGAUGCAGGCUUAACCGGAUCAGCAACGAUGGCGACGGGUGAAACCGCUCUGCGAUUCAGAUCACCGGUGGCGACAGGCGUUGCCAUCACUCAGGUGUUUUUUGGAUACAACAUGACAUCUGCGACACUAAAUACUCUUGUGGAGCCAUUGAUUGCAGACAUUUGCUCCUCUACUUCCAACAAAUCUCUGGAGCUGGCUUGGAGUACGUCGACAUUCAACGACUAUGCGUCGUUCUAUAAAACCAUUUCCGGGAGCGACGUCGCGGGUGGUCUGAGUCUCGAGACAAGCCGCCUUUUGGGUCGCGCUGAGCUUGUGGAAACUCCUCCCCCCACAGUCAUGUCCUAUUUACAAACGGCACUGCAAGCAGAGAAUUCGACUGCAGGCAUGUUUGCCACCAUUGGCUUGCAAGGCGGACCAGGCAUCACCAACAUGCCGGAGAAUCGGUGGGGGGCAGUCAACCCAGCCUGGCGAUCCGCCUACGUCCAUUUCAUAUCUGGAGGUGUCAAGAUUGAGCCGAGCAAGCAGGGCGGAGCAAAGGCCGCGCUGACCCAUGCGGCAGCUUGGCUUGAAGAGGUCAAGGAAGGCCUUUGGAGGCGGUGGGCGCCUACUACCGGAGCAUAUAUGAAUGAGGCGAACCCGUACAAUACACAGUGGAAAAGGGACUAUUACGGAAGAAAUUACGACAAAUUGCUCGAGAUUAAGAAAAAAUAUGACCCUACAGAAAGCCUGUACGUCUUGAGCGGUGUUGGCAGCGACAAGUGGGAUUACGAUCUGGAUACUGGCCGGCUGUGCAAAACCGGCUGA